AUGACAUGCGGCUCGACGAGCGCCCCCGCGCCCGCCGUCGCUGCGGCCGCCGCCGGGCGCAAGCUGAUGGGUAGCGGCAAGUCCGGCGGCGGCAGCAGCGGCAAGACCGACCACAGCGUUGCUGCCAAGACAGAGGAGAUGAUGUCGCACUUUAGGACCCGCGGCUUCCGCCAGGCCACCAACUUCAAGUGCCUCAGCUGCAACGCAACCGCGGGAUACCGCCUGAACGAGCGGGCCGGGCGCUGCGAGUGCAUCUCCGGCUUCGGCUCCCUGCGCGAUAACGCGGUCUGCGACUACUGCCCCGCCGGCUACAUCUCCCGCGGCGGCUGGCUGGCCAAGUGCGUCGAGUGCGACAGCUGGGCGUGGCCCAACGAGUUCGGCAACGAGUGCGUCUGCGUGUCGGGCACGUACGGCAUGGUCAACACUUUGACCGGCCAGGCGCAGUGCAACACGUGCCCCGACUACGCGCCCGUGUCGCUCGAGGGGUCGACCACCCCCAAGAACUGCACCGCCUGCGCCCUGAACAAGGAGCCGUCAGAGGACAUGUCCAUGUGUGUCACGCUCGGCACCGGCAUCUCAGGCGGUGCCGGCUUCGGCAUGCUGAAGGCGCGCGGCGAGAAGCUGGAUAAGCUCGACGUGCUGCGGGACACCAGCAACGUCACCGCACCCGCGGGCUGGGAGGCGCUGCGCCGCGCCAACAUCACCGACGACUUCAAGGUCGCAAACAUGACCAAGCUUCUCAACGGUACCGUCUUGCUCCCGAACUUCAACUUCCCGAGCCAAAUGCAGCCCGGGUUCGAGGGUGCUUACAACGCGACCUUCAACGUGCUCAACAACUUCCUGGGCGCGGACGACGCCAACACGACGGCGUUCCAGCCCGCGGCGCUCCUGUACAAGGGCCUCGAGAUCGUCCCGAAGAUCUUCAGCGGGGACCUGAUCCCGUCGCUGCCGUCCGUCCAGCUGCCGUCGCUCGCGCAGCUGCAGGAGCUGGGGUCCAUUGCGGGCGGCACCGGCGGCCUCUCCCUCGGCGGCGUCCUUGCUGCCCUCCAGAAACUCAAGGCAAUGAAGGAUUCGGCCGACAAGACCGGCGGCCUCGGCGCUGCGGGCGGGGCGGGCCUGGGGCUUGCUAAGAAGUCCGCGACCGUGAUCAUCCCCCACAAGCCGAGCGGCGCCGCGUCGGUGCUGCGCGCCGCCGCGUCCGCCGCGCCGCACGCCGCGGUCAGGGCUGUCGCGCCGGGGGUGGCCAGGGCGGCAGCAGUACCAGUCAGGGCGGCGGGCGUGCAGGGCGCAUUCCGCGCAGCGGCGCAGACCGUGGCCCACCGGCCGGCGGUGCCGAAGCCUGUCCCUAGGGGCUGA